AUGUCUACUAGUAAUUUGUCAUCGGUUUUAAAAUCAUGUUCCGAAAGUGAACUGAUAAAUGAAGUAGCAGAAGCGAACAUGACACCAAAACAGGUAGAGGGAUCCCGAUUAAAGCGUACUUUUACCUUGCCUCGUAAUCCCUUUGGGACAUCAAAGCCCAGUUCAAGUAAAAACAAGAUCACUGAAAAUGAUAAUAAGUCUUCUAGUGCAAACUCUGUGAUUAACGUUGCGCAAAAAGAUGAGGUUGGCUUGGAAAGGAAAUUGUUCAGAAGGCCGUCGUGGAAAAUAUUCUUGAAUAAAAUCGCGCAACAUAUGAGUACUGUAAAUGUGUCGAGUGUAAAGUCUGGACCAGUUGCUAUAAAUAGCGAUCGAGUACCAUGUAGUGGAGAACCACCAUGGCCUCCAGGGACCGUGCCUGCUGCUACUGGAAUCAAAAAUCAUGGGAAUACUUGCUAUAUGAAUGCUGUGUUACAGUGCCUUUCACAUACUGAUGUUAUAGCGGAAUAUUUUGUUUUAGAACAUUAUAAGAUUGAUUUACAAAAGAGAAAUAAGAUAAAUUCAAAAAAAUAUGGUACUAAAGGAGAAGUAACAGAACAAUUGGCAGCUUUACUGAGGGCACUAUGGUCUUGUCGAUAUACACCAGAUAUGAGUACAACUUUUAAGUCAGCAGUAGAAAGGCAUGGCUCUCAGUAUAGGGGAAAUAGUCAGCAUGAUGCUCAGGAAUUUCUUUUUUGGCUUCUUGAUAAAGUCCACGAAGACUUGAAUACUGCUACAAAGAAAAAAUAUAAAACAAUAAAAAAUACAGUAGGCAAAUCAGAUGAAGUAGUUGCAGCAGAAACAUUAGCAAAUCAUGCACGACGAAAUAGUUCCUUUGUACAAGCGGUUUUUCAGGCUCAGUACAGGUCAGCACUUACAUGUGCAAAGUGCGAGCGUACCUCCUGUACAUUUGACCCAUUUCACUGUGUGAGUGUUCAGUUGCCUACUAGACCAGCUACAGCUCAGCCUUCUCCACUGCCUGUCAAUGUUGUGUAUGUAAACCAGCAGCCUCGACAAGUGCGCAUAGGUGUGGAAUUACCUCCAAAUUCAACAAUGGAUGACCUUAGAACAACAUUGCACACAGACACUGGCAUUGAUCGAGACCACAUUAUCCUUGCCGAGAUCAAUGAGAAUGGGUGGUGCGCGGGGCGCGCGGGCUGGGAGCCGGCGGGGCUGGAGGCGGGCGCGCUGUACUGCGUGGAGGCGCCGGCGCUGCUGCAGCCGCCCGCCGCGCCCUACCUGCUGCUGCUCUGGGUCAACAUGCUGGACGGGGAGAGGUUUGGCUCGCCCUACGCCAUGCAAGUGCCGCGCGAGAUCUCGUACUCGGACCUGCAGAAGCUGAUGCUGAAGGAGAUGUGCCAGGUGGUGGCGGAGCGCGUGCUGGAGAGCGCGCAGGCCGCCGACAUCUUCCGCGCGCGCGUCGCCGAGGCGCACCGCCCGCGCGACCCCGCCUACCUGCAGCCGGAGCUGCCGCACCCAUUGUUCGCCCUGGACGUGGAGCAAGCGCUGUGCGCGCACGACAAGUACCCGCACCUCCGCCUCGAGCUGCUGUGGGACCCCGCUCAUAGAGACAGGUACUUAGACUUUUGCGUGCUGCGCUCGGCGGGCGAGGCGUGCGAGGUGCACGUGUCGGCGGCGGGCGCGGCGGGCGCGGCGCCGCUCACGCUGGCGGCCUGCCUGGCGCACUACACGCGCGCCGAGCGCCUCGCGCAGGAGGACGCCUGGAGGUGUCCACAGUGUCAGAGGUACAUGCCAGUAGUCAAGACACUAGGCCUGUGGUCUCUUCCUGAUAUUUUAGUAAUCCAUUUGAAGAGAUUUAGACAGCAAGCAAAAGGCCGGUUAAGUACAAAACUAACCACAAUGGUGGAGUUCCCGAUCAACGACUUUGACAUGACGCCACACCUGGUCCGUAGAAGCGCGGCCGCCGGCUCGCCCGCGCGGCGCCGCCCCGCGCCCCCCGCGCCUCCCGCACCUCCCGCCCCGCACAACAUGUACGACUUGUAUGCAGUCUGCUACCACCAUGGCGAUGAUCUGGAGACUGGACACUACACAGCUGCCUGCAAAAACCCCUACGACUCCCACUGGUACAAGUUCGACGACUCCCGAGUUACUUCAGUCGAUGAUGAUGAUGUGUAUACGGAAUUAGUGAAUAAUUCAGCAUAUAUGUUGUUCUACAAACGCAAGAAACCGACCGUUGUGCACCCCUGCUCUACGGACGAGGGUGGGCAUUGGGCGCUCAGGAUGCCGAAGUUCAAGCCUACCGAAAACCUAAACGAAAUAGCCGAAGUCAAAGAGGAAAUUGAAAUCGCCAAAUCUGAUAAUAUUGAGACGGAUAUGGAUACGCCUAAAGAAAAUCCGUCGCCAUCCAGAAAUAUAUCGAGUAUAUGCGAUAAGGAACCCAGUCCGGUGAAAACGAAUGUGAUACACAGCACUACGACGAUCGUGCAGUCGGCGAUACUUCAACGUCCUCUCAUAGUGGAAGUAAACGGUGAUAUUACGAACGAAUUAAGCGAUUAUGAAAACGAGUCAACGAUCGAGCCGUACAUUCAUAAGGAUGUUCAUGUGAACCCAAAAAUGACACCAGUCGAUACGAGGAGACCGAAGUCUGUCGAUUACCCGACCAGAUCGAGUACGUCACCUUCAUCUAGAGAUUCGAAUAGGAAUUAUGAGAGUUCUCCCUUAGUAGCAAGUAUCAACGGCGUCGAGUACCAUCCCACCACAGAGGAUCUCAUGCUGUCCAUGUUCCAAGAGUCCAAGUACAUAGUGCCAAGGCACCAUAUAACUCAGGAAUCUCAUAGGACAGGAGAAAAACCUUCAGUGUGGAAGACUAGAAUAUCCACA